AAAAUGUCCAAGACCCUAAGUUAAAAGAUGCACAAUUAUUGCAACUUGACUUUGAUACCGUGAGAUUAGCAACUAAUGACUUCUCUCCAAACAACCAUCUUGGAGAAGGUGGCUUCGGUGCAGUUUAUAAGGGUGUUCUCGAUUCUGGGGAAGAGAUAGCUGUGAAAAGAUUGUCAAUGAGAUCAGGACAAGGAGACAAUGAGUUCGUAAACGAAGUCUCAUUGGUCGCCAAACUUCAACAUCGUAAUCUUGUUAGGCUUUUAGGUUUCUGUCUGGAAGGAGAAGAACGACUUCUCAUCUAUGAGUUCUUUAAGAACACAAGCCUCGAAAAGUUCAUAUUUGAUUCCAAUAGGAGAACGAUCUUGGAUUGGGAAACACGUUAUAGGAUCAUCACAGGUGUUGCUCGAGGUCUUCUUUAUCUCCAUGAAGAUUCUCGUUUCAAAAUAAUUCAUCGAGAUAUGAAAGCUAGCAACGUUCUGUUAGACGAUGCAAUGAAUCCUAAAAUAGCAGAUUUUGGAAUGGCAAAGUUGUUUAAUACGGACCAAACAAGUCAGACCAUGUUUACAAGCAGAGUUGCAGGAACUUACGGUUACAUGGCUCCAGAGUAUGCAAUGAGUGGGCAAUUCUCGGUGAAAACCGACGUAUAUAGCUUCGGUGUACUAGUCCUUGAGAUCAUUAAAGGUAAGAAAAACAAUUGGUCUCCGGUAGAACAAAGCUCACUGUUCCUCCUUAGCUAUGUGUGGAAAUGCUGGAGAGAAGGAGAAGUGUUGAACAUUGUGGAUCCAAGUUUGAUUAAUGAAACAAGAGGUCUAAGUGAUGAGAUCAUGAAAUGCAUUCACAUUGGUUUGUUGUGUGUUCAGGAGAAUCCAGAGAGUAGACCAACAAUGCCUUCUGUUGUUGCAAUGCUCAAUGCAAAUUCUUUCACUUUACCGAGACCCUUGCAACCGGCUUUUUACUCGGGAGUUGUAGAGUCAUCGUCAAGAGACAACAAUCACACAAGUAGUACUGCGUCUUUGAAUAAAGUUACAAUUACUGAGUUAAAUCCUCCAACUAAUGACUUCUCUCCAAACAACCAUCUUGGAGAAGGUGGCUUCGGUGCAGUUUAUAAGGUGAUUAACACUGAUCGUUACUUAUGUUUAUGA